UAUAUAUUAAGAUAUGGAUAGUUUGUUGUGCAAUGAAGUUUUUGAAGAGAAUGAUUGUGAUAUUAGAAAUGGCAUUUCAUUUGAAGAUUGUGAGGAAGCUUUUGCUGGUUUUGUAGCUAAGGAGACCGCCUAUUUGCCUCACUCAGCAUACACUAAGCUUUUGCAGAUAAAUGGUUUCAUUGGUUAUGCUAGGUUUAAAGCUGUUACCUGGAUAAUUAAGUCUCAGAGAAGAAUGGAUCUUUGCGAUGAAACCAUAUUCUGCGCUGUGAAUUACGUGGAUCGCUUCAUUUCACUAUAUAACCAGUGUCAAGGCUGGAAGGGGUGGAUGUUUGAGCUUCUCUCGAUCGCGUGCUUAUCCAUCGCCACCAAGUUCAACGAAACGACUGCUUAUCUUCUGCAUGAAUUUCAGGAAGAUAUGGAGAUAUGGUUUUCUCCAAGGCUUAUUCAACGGAUGGAGAUUGCGGUUUUGAAGAGGUUGGAGUGGAGGCUGGAUGCUGUAACUCCAGUUUCUUAUACUUAUCUCCUCACACAAACCUUCAACAAAACCCUCCUCCAACAAUCCACUCAAUUACUUCUCCACCUUCUUUUAGAUCCCAAAUUUUUGGGGUUCCAUCAAUGUGUUGUGGCAAUUUCAGCCAUUAAAACUCUACUUCAAGAAUCAAGUGAGCUUGGUUCAUCAUUUGCACAUAUUGACAACCUCGUCUCUCAAGAUCGAAAGGAUGAUUUGAUCCAUUGUGAGAGGCUAAUGAGGAAACUAAGAGAUGAAACGAUUUGCCCUUCAAGUCCGGUAACCGUAUUGAAAGUGAACUCCGAUGCUGUUUUCUCUAUCGCGAGUUUGGGAUCGAGUAGAAAGAGGAAGAGAGACGAAAAAGAAGAGAUGAUGGGAUAAUUUAAUGAAGCAUGUUGAU